GUCACCAGUAGAGAGAGAGAGAGGGGAACAUACUGUAUAGGUUUAGAGAGAGAAUGUGAUGUCUCUCAAUUUGUACGACACUUACCUCUUUCUCUUCACACUAUGUAAUAUCUCUCUCUCUGAUAUUUUUUCUUUCAUUUAUUUCAUAAUAUAAUCGUUCUCUGGUCUGCUUUCUUCAUCUUCUUUCAUGUUUGAGGUGUGAUACCAAUUCAAGUAGUGUGAGCAAGUUUGCUGAGCAAAUUUUUAGAGAGAGAGGAGGGUAGGAGGUGUCUUUCUUUUACAAUAGAAAUGCAUUCUUCUUCUGCUGGGGCAUCCACAAAGCAAAGAGCAGUUGGCUCAUCACAACCAUCUGAUGCAUCUCUCAAACGAAAACGAGGUUUUUUCCAAAAAGAUUUGCAACACAUGAUGUAUGGAUUUGGAGAUGAUCCCAAUCCACUUCCAGAAACUGUUGCACUUCUGGAGGACAUAGCAGUUGAGUAUAUCACAGAUAUGGUGCACAAAGCUCAAGAGACAGCAUCGAAACGAGGGAAGCUUUUGACCGAGGACUUCUUAUUUCUGAUACGUAAGCAGGAUAUGCCCAAACUCAAUCGAUGUACUGAGCUACUUUCCAUGAAUGAAGAACUCAAACAAGCACGGAAAGCUUUCGAAGUUGAUGAAGAUAAGCUGGCCUCCACAGAAUGAGUACUAUUGAGGCAAAUACCCCUUUUGAUUCUUGCUUCUAAAUUAGGUUUCUGGUAACAUUUUGCCCAACAUAGUUCCCUUCAUAUUAAGGGAGGUAAACCUUUUAAGUUCAUCGUGGGAAAAGAAGAGCCUAACCAAACACGGGGAAUUACUUAGCUUUACUGUUAUCCAUUUCUUGAAGUUCUGUAACAUUAGAUGAAGAUCUAGUCAAUCCACUUGUACAGUUAAUAGCCCAAAACAGCAAGAAACAGUAGUUUUUGUCUCGUUUAACUGUGAAACACUGUUUUCUCGCAAAUUUACUUGUAGCAUAAUUGGUUGGAACA